AUGUGGCGUUAGAUAUUUUCAAGAAGGACACAGCUUUGGCCACUACUAUAGUAGAAGGAAACCGAUCACUCUUACAUGCGUUAAGUAAGAAGGCUUUAACAAUCAGUUGGCGAGAUCCGGACGGGAAGUGGAAUAGGUUCGUUCAUAUGCUAAAUGCCGGAAGAAUGCGAGUUUGUUCUCCAGUGCGGCGAAUAUUUAUUAGUAUGAUUUCCAGGAUGCCAUUUAUUCCACGGUUCGAAAGGGUUUGGGUUGUUCGGAGAAAAUCAUUGCUGAAGAAGCAAGCUGGUGUGCUACUUGAGGAGCUCUGGGCAGAGUGUCUACAAUUGCCAGAGGCUGAGCUUGCGCGGCUAAUCUCAAAGACCCAAAUACUGAAUUCUGCUGCAAAAGCAGGAAAUGUAGAGUUUUUAGCUGUACUAAUUCGUGAUCAUCCUGAUCUGAUAUGGAAAGUCGACAGAAGGAAGCGCACCAUUUUUCAUGUUGCUGCUUUACAUCGACAAGAAAAAGUCUACAGUCUUAUACACCAAAUAGGAGCAGUUAAAGACUUGAUAACUCUUGGUGUUGAUGUUGAUGGCAAUAACAUUCUCCAUUUGGCUGGAAAGUUAGGGCAGCCAAUCUCUCUCAAACAGAAAAUCGGGCAACACUUUGGAGAGAUAGAAGUGCUCAAACAGAAUCUUGAGCAGCCAAUGCCUUGUAAUGAUAUAAUCUUGGAAUCUAUUAAGCAGCUUUUGCAAGAGAUCCUUCAACAGAGACUGGCUGAGCAAACACCUGCCAAUAUUGAAUAUGAAGAAGCUCUUCAACAAUUAAUUACUGAGAUAGAUCAAAAAAUUGCCCAGCCAAACCCUUGCGAUAUUAUAAUGGGGAAAGCACUACGAAAAUUGAUUAGAGAGAUUGAAGCCAUUAAAAAGUUAACAGAGGCAGUGUGCUAUAAGGAGGAAGAGAAGAUUAUGCCACCGUCAUUUCUCCGGGUAUCUGGAGCAGCUCUUCGACUGCAAAGAGAGAUAUUGUGGUUUAAGGAGGUGGAGAAAAUUGUACCACCUUCAUUUCUCAGGAUGAAAAACAAUGAUGAAAAAACGCCGAGGCAAUUAUUCUCAGAGGAGCACAAGCUGUUGUUGAAAGAAGGUGAAAGGUGGAUGAGAGACACUGCAAAUUAUUGUAUGAUUGUUGCAACUUUGAUUGCCACAGUGAUGUUUGCUGCUGCCUUCACUGUGCCAGGCGGUAAUAACGACAAUGAAGGUACCCCAAUAAUGCUAAAAUUGAAAGGAUUUACGGUUUUUGUCAUAUCAGAUGCAGUGGCAAUGUUCUGCUCAAUUGUUUCCAUCAUUAUGUUCUUGUCAAUUCUGACAUCUCGCUGCAAUGAAGACGACUUUCUUGUGUCAUUGCCCAAGAAAUUACUCUUUGGACUCACGGCACUCUUUGCCUCGAUAGUUGGCAUGCUCGUGGCUUUUGCAGCAACUUUCUUCUUGGUCUAUAAUAAUCAUAUGGCUUGGCAGCCAAAGCUCAUUGCUGCUAUUUCUGGUGUUCCUGUAGCUUUAUUUGGGUGUUUACAUUAUAAGCUAUGGUGGGAUACUGUAAAAUCAACAUACUGGUCCAAAUUUCUUUUUAAACCGGGAAAGCACAGAUUGUAUUAA